CAGUCUUUCACAACAAAGAAUUAUCUAGUCCAGAAUGUCGAUAAUGCUGAGGUAGUCUAUUUGCACAGCUUUUAACCAGCCCACAUCAUCUCAUCAGGCAGCAAUGGCAGGUGAGGGGGGGACCACUUCCUCGUCCCCAGGAAAGAGGUGGGAGAGCAGAAGUGGUCAGGACCCCAGGACCGCGUUUACCUUCCCCUUCCCCCCAGGACUCCUCGCUCAGCACCACACUGCCUACCCAUCCUACUCCAUAUGCCUGGCCACAGGAAGGGCAGGACGCCAGCCCCACAGCGCAAAGGGGCUAAAAGCCUGGCUGGGAAAUGGACCGACGGGGGUCUGGUUCCCUAGAGAGAGCGAGGCUUUCUCUUCUUUCAGCGAGAGCUGGGAGCAGCAUUUCCUGCCAAACCCAGAGCAAGACUAGUUUCCAGAGACUCAAAGGGAAGGAAAUCCUACUUGCUGUCACCAGCUUUGCAUUGUAAAGAGGGAAGGAGGAAACGGAAGAGAGGGAGAGGGUGGGUCCUGGUCUACCCCACCCCUUGCGCCCUGCCCAGCUGCCCAGAUCCAGCCCACAGGUUGACAGGUUGCUGCCAAGCAGUCCCACGGCUCCGGGCUCGGCUCUAAGGACCCACAGAGAUCACAGGACCACGCAGUGCUGUCUGGAGCCACCGAGAGUUCUGAGUAGGAAACAUGUUAGCCGUGCACUUUGACCAGCCGGGAGGACCAGAAAACCUCUACCUGAAGGAGGUGGCCAAGCCAAGCCCAGGAGAGGGAGAAGUCCUCCUGAAGGUGGCAGCCAGUGCCCUGAACCGGGCCGACAUUCUCCAGAGACAAGGACAAUAUGCACCACCCCCAGGAGCCAGCAGCAUUUUGGGAGUCGAGGCAUCUGGACAUGUGGCAGAGCUGGGGCCUGGCUGCCAGGGGCACUGGAAGAUCGGGGACCCAGUCAUGGCUCUGUUGUCUGGCGGGGGUCAGGCUCAAUAUGCCACUGUCCCUGAAGGGCUCCUCAUGCCCAUCCCAGCAGGACUGACUCUGCCCCAGGCUGCAGCCAUCCCAGAGGCCUGGCUCACCGCCUUCCAGCUGUUACAUCUCGUGGGAAAUGUUCAGGCCGGAGACUUCGUGCUAAUCCAUGCAGGAGCAAGCGGGGUGGGCACAGCUGCCAUCCAACUCGCCCGGAUAGCUGGAGCUAUUCCUCUGGUCACCAUUGGCUCCCAGGACAAGCUUCAAAUGGCAGAAAAACUUGGAGCAGCUGCUGGAUUCAAUUACAAAGAAGAGGAUUUUUCUGAAGCAACAAUGAAAUUCACCAAAGGUGCCGGAGUCAACCUUAUUCUAGACUGCAUAGGAGGAUCCUACUGGGAGAAAAAUGUCAACUGCCUGGCUCUGGAUGGUCGCUGGGUUCUCUAUGGUCUGAUGGGGGGAGCUGACGUCAGUGGGCCUCUGUUUUCAAAACUGCUUUUUAAACGAGGAAAUCUGGUCACCAGUCUGCUGAGAUCUAGGGACAAAAAGUACAAGCAAAUGCUGGUGAAGGCUUUUACGGAGCAAAUUGUGCCACAUUUCUCCAUGGAGGGCCCCCAACGUCUACUGCCGGUUCUGGACAGAGUCUACCCUGUGGCUGAAAUCCAAGAGGCCCACAAGUACAUGGAGAGCAAUAAGCACAUGGGCAAAAUCGUCCUGGAGCUGCCGCAGUGAAGGAGGAGGGGGCACUAGAGGAAAAGGGUACCUCAGCCCUCCCCAGAGCAAACUGGGUGAAAAGUCUCUGAACGCAGGCAAGAGACCAGCGGCUACUCCACGCCCACCUGUAGCCCACUGGGCCUACCCGGCCUCGUCAACUGAUCUGUGUAAAGCUGGUCUACGGAAAUAAAGAGUAAA